AUGCUUAUACUUGUAGUGGUAGUGUUCGCGCUUCUUGCAGAAGUUAAUUCUCAAGCAAGAGAUGGAGCAGCAACAGGAGGCAGAGCUCGUCAGUUAAGCCAAGCACGAAUAUUUGAUUUGCCGAAAUUUGCUCCUACUGCUCGGAUAAUCAAACUAUCUACGUUGCUUCGCAAAGGAAAGCAAAAGGAAGACGAUGAUCUUUUGAGAGAUGCUGUGAGUGCUUCGGAUUCAAAUAUGCUUUGUACUUUACUGGUUCAAUCUACACGUCUGAAACAAGCUGGAAUACUCUAA